AUGAAGUACAUCGACGCCAGCUCAAUCUUAGGCGCGCUAGAGCAGCUUCCUUCUGAUGUGACUGUCGCUGCACUCAAGCCGAUUUUGACCAAGUGCGAUCCGAAUUUGUUUCCAGAUAUUUUCACGAGUGCUGCAGCACGAGGAUGUCGUGGUUUGGUCGAGUAUUUGCAGAAUGAAAUGGAUACGAUGUCUAUUCGCUGUGCGCUAGAAGCGGCGGCAAGGAAUGGCCAGGUGAAGGUCGUUGCCUUGCUUCGUGGGCUCGGUGAUGCAAUAGGCAUCGGCAGUGCCUUGGUGGUUGCGAGAGAAGUUGGCUGUAGCGAGGUUGUGCUGCUGCUGACCGGCAAGAAGCCUCGAUUGGUGUGA